UUCCUAAUAUUAAUGAAUUCUAACAAAAGUGAUACAAAUAUGAGAGAGAGAGAUGAAGAGCGCUCGCAAUUUGUAGCUGUUACAACUAUAACGGACUCUCAAGCUAUACGCAGCGUGGACUUUCAUCCGGAUGGAAAACUUUUUGCCGUUGGAUCGAAUUCCAAAACCUUUCGCAUAUGUCAAUAUCCGCAAAUAUCGAAACUAAGACAAGAUCAACAUUUUUACCCUCCAUCGGUUUUAUGCAAACGCACAAAGCACCAUAGAGGCUCAAUAUAUUGUACGAGCUGGUCAGCCGAUGGCGAACUGAUUGCGACUGGAUCAAACGAUAAGACUAUCAAGUAUAUGAGAUUUAACAAAGAUACUAAUCAACUGGUGGGCCAAGAAGUUGAACUGAAUAUGCAUGAUGGAACUGUCCGAGAUAUGUGCUUCCUCGAUAACUCAUCAACCAAAUCCCGAUUGCUUGCGAGUGGCGGCGCUGGCGACUGCAAGAUAUACGUAACGGACUGUGUCACAAGUAUGCCAAUGCACGCAUUUAGCGGCCAUAGUGGGCAUAUCUCUUCGCUCUAUAGCUGGAAUAAUACGAUGUUUGUAUCUGGCUCGCAGGAUCAAACAAUACGUUUUUGGGACAUUCGAGUUAACGAAGCGGUCAGCUCUUUCGAUCAGGAAUAUAAGCCCGGAGCACUGCAGAAAUCGCCAGUAACUGCAGUUUGCGUAGAUCCGACAGGGCGGCUGCUGGUAUCGGGACACGCUGAUAGCGCAUGUGUACUAUAUGACAUUCGCGGGAAUAGGCUAAUACAACGAUUUUAUCCACAUAGCGCGGAAAUAAGAUGUAUUCGUUUCUCGCCUUCGGCCUACUAUAUGCUCACCUGUAGCUAUGAUAGUACGAUUAAACUAACGGACUUACAAGGGGAUCUAGCUAACGACCUCGCCUCUGUGGUCGUGGCCAAGCAUAAAGACAAGGCUAUUACAAUUCGAUGGCAUCCAACUGAAUUUUCAUUUAUUUCAACAUCUGCGGACAAGACUGCAACCUUAUGGGCUUUACCUCAAUCCUAA